UCUCAAGUCCAGGUCAUCCCCAGAAGCCAGGUGAGAGAGCCACCUACUUUUAAAGGGGAGAGUUCUGAUGCAGUUACGGUUGACGAAUGGGAGGACUUAAUGAGAAAUUACAUAAAAAAGAGCGUCAUACAGCAGGAACACCAGGCUGAGGAGAUUCUGAUCCAUCUUAGAGGCAGAGCGAGGGAUGUUGUCAGAUGUGGAAUUCGAAACUGUGGAAUCGAUGUUCAGCAAAAUCCACAAGCCAUCUACACGCUUCUUCGCAAACAUUUUGGUUCUGAUCAGUGCUCUCCUGUACCACUUGCUGAUUUUUACUCCACCAGACCAAAAGAAAAAGAGGAUUCAUUUGAAUACUGGCUGAGAUUGAAUAGAGCAGCUGAUGUCGCUGUUAGCCGUCUUGAAGAACAGGGUAAAACAUUUGACAAUCCAAGUGUCGAAGUUACUCGCAUGUUUAUCAGACACUGUCCCAGUAAAGAUUUAGCACUCACCUUCCGAUCCAAGACUAUUGAAAAAUGGUCCGCAC